AGCAAUUGGCCCAAGCUGCAUGCAUGUGUCGGUAGCUAGUGUGAUAGCGCUGUGGACAUGGCGCAAAAGUUGCAGCGUCAUGUGACGUUGCGGCAGGGCCUGCUUUCGGCGAUGAUUGUUGUCGUGGCCUGCCGCCUGUGUAGACGCCACUUAGAUGCGGAGGCAUUUGCCAACGUGGGUGUUGCGCAGUCCCGCGAGUUGGUCGCAAGAUGGGCGUACAAGCCAAUAUUGAGACGGGAUCCGACCCAAAACCAAAAGCUGCAAGUAUAUGCUGGGCAACAACUCAGGCUUGUCAAGCGCCAGGAGGCAGGAGGGUUUUCCAAUCCAACGGAACGGAAACAACUCUACUUGAAAAAGCUCGGCCUUGACAAGAAAGCAGAGGAACUGGAUCAAAGAAAAAACAAGCCAGCGUGGCAUUUGAAUCACAUUGCGGCUGGGGAUGUAUUUCUUGGUCAUUUUCAGCAUCCAGGCCUCUCCGGCAAUGAACAGCUGGACUUGAAGUUGGAAGCAUCCUCAGAGAAUGAAGCCAUUCUGCUCUCUAAACGAGGCGAUUUGGAUGACACUGUGAGUUUUCAGCAGGACUAUCCCAUCGCUUUCGAGCCUGGGGAGCAAAAAGACAGUGACAUGACGGCUUACACAUUUCACAAGUUCAAUCAGCAGUGGCGUGACUUCGAGACAUCCAUGCCUUCAGAGGAAGACUGCCAGCAUUUGACGUUGCCAAUGCUGCAAUUGUUUUUCUCUCAGGUGGCUGAAGUAGAAGACUUUCCCUCGAAAGACGAGUUUGCCGAGAACUGUGCUGACCCAGCCAAAGGCAUGACCAGAGAAGAAUUCUUGAAGUACCUCCGGGCAGAGUCUCCGGACUACCUUGAGAAAUCGUUCCCUGGCAUUUACACUGGCCGGCGUUUGCGCUUCACGGACGGCAAGCUGGUUUUCGAUGGAGAUUUUCAGUCUCUGGGGGACAAUCUGAUCUAUGGAUUCGUGACGCUGGAUGGGAAGCCAGGUGGAACUUUUUCAUUGGAGCUGACCAAGAAACGAUAGGUUGUUGGAGAUGUUUGCGCCUUACAGAUUACAGACAAUUCCUUUCGAAUUUUCGCGCAAAGCGGCAGGAUACAAUUGCGGCAAUAUGAUGGGUCAAACUCACGUAGAGGAUGCAGCAGUGGAUGUGCGCAUGUCUGCUGUGCGGUUGAGCCGUCACCGCAGCUGACAAG